AUGAGCAAUUGGCUAGAGGCUAGACAAGGCCACGUUUCCCAUUCCGGAAUAGGAGAACAAAAAAGGGCACAGCCAUCGCCAAUAGCAAGUAAUUCUCAACAAGUAAACUUUGUUUCAAAUCUUAGUACCAGCGGAAGUAGUGGAGGCACUCCAUCUGUUGUUCCAAUUUUUAACAUUCAGAAAGAAGUCGAAGAUUUAAGUAAUAAGAUUUACUCUUUUAUGUACACUGUGGGAAGGAUAGAAUCUCACACAAAAGAGUUGGAGAAAAAAGAUUCAGAUUCAGUUAAAAACAAAUUAAAGGCACACAGGGAGAAGGCGAAAAAGGAACUACGAUGGUUGCUGCAAAAGUUUGAAGAAAUUUCUUGUAAAGCACCCAAUCUCAAGGACUCAACUACUGAAAAAGUGUUUGAAAAGAUAACGAAACAAUUCAAGGAUCAAUUUGAGAGAUUUCAAAAUGUAUCAAAGCAUUCGAUAGAGGUUGAAAAGAAACACCUAAUUAAGGUACACAGCAGAUCGCGCCAAACUGAAAAUUCUGCUCUUGUGGACGAUACUGAGAAUAAUGACACAGAUGGGGAAUAUGAAGAUCAUAAAUACGGAGUUGGAAAAUACGAACAAGAGCAACAAGAUUUAUUCGAACAACGUUUAAUUUUGACAGAGUUUGAUCACAGUAUGAUUCAGACAGAAAAGGCGAUCGCUGAAGAGAGAUUGAAUGAGCUCAAACAAUUAGAAGUAGAUAUGAACGAUAUUUAUUCAUGUUAUGUUGAUUUAAGUUCAAUGAUUAAACAGCAAGGUGAAACAAUGGACACAGUCGAGUCCAACAUUUUAAAAUCAAAUAUAAUGGUGGAGGAGGGAGUGGAAUAUAUAGAAACAUCCAGAAAGAAAUUGUCUUAUCGUUUAGUGAUUCAAUUAUUAUUGAUUGCUGGAUUUACUAUUAUUGUGAUAUUGGGAGUUGUAUUGGGAGUGAUAUACAUUAUUUAA